AUGAGUGUUGAUUUGUUUCCAAAUGAUAGAUUUGGUGCAGAAGAUAAAUACGACAACUUUAAGGAUGCCGUAAAAGAAUGCUCCUGGCUCAUCGAAGAAAUCGUCAAACCGCAAUUACCCAACAUUAUUGACAACUUUUCUAAAUGCCUAGAGAUGCUAGAGAGUGACCAAAUAUUCAAAAUGCCUGUAUCUAAUGGUAUUCCCAACGAAAGUAACAAACAAAACGACUCUCCGACGGUAAAGGGUGUUAUCACAAGACAAGGCCAAUACAUUGUUGACUUUCACAUUGUUGUCAGAUUCCCACAAUUUCAAAGGGGUAAACAAGUUAUGUUCCGAAUGAAUACGGGACUGAAUUUCUUACUUAUUCAAUUCAGUAAGAUAAUGACGCACUUGAAAAAUAUUUUGGAAAUACUGAAUCAACUUCAAGUAGCUACAGAUGUCAGCGAAUUCGUAUCCAAAUUUGGCGUGGCCAUGGAACUUUUGAACCAUUCUCUAAUACUUUUACAAAAUCCUCCUAGAGACCUGGUAUUCCCAGAAGAUAACAACUUUGCUAUGAAGGAAAUGUUCCAGGAUUGUUACUCAGUCUGCGAAUCCACAGCUCACAUCCUAGGACUGGAACUUACGCUUUGUAGGAAUGAGCUUUGCAUAGAACUACGAAAUCUAAUUAAGGUGACUAAAAAACCUUGGUGCGAGAUUGAUAGUAAAACUGGCAGGUCAUUUUGCGACCAAAUAAGAAAUCAAGUGACAAAUGAAAGAAACAAAACUUUAUCUAAGAUCCUCUCAGAAAACGGUGUACAAGUCCAGGAUUCCACAUUACUUAACCACAUAAUUUCUUCUUUUCAAAGUGAAGCUAUAACACUUCCAGAAGCUCAGGAAUUAUUAAGAAGGGGCGUUACUUUCGAUAAUAGGGUAGUCAUGGAAUGUGAAAAGUUAAUAGUAUCUACAAGUGAUCCAACUUUGAUCAGUAUAAGCGCCAAAUUGAACAGUCUCAAAGCUUCGAUGGCGAACCAUCAAGCAAAUUUGGUAGCUAGCAAACAGUUAAGUACAUAUAAGUAA